AUGAUGGCACCCAACUACAGUAAAAUAUUGAACAGAAAUAAUGCCCUUGCUGGUGCUGGUGCAUUAGUGGCAGUAUGGUUUAUACUGAAGAAAAAUAACAAAAAUGGAAAAAUAGACAGAAGGAAACUAAAGAAAAAAACAGUGGAAGAGGAAGUGAAAUAUCUCAUAUCAGAAAAAGGCCAAACAAAAACAAAAGCCCAUGUAGAUAGGAAGUUUUUAGUACAAUUGGUAGAAUUAAUAAAAAUUGCUGUUCCUGGUUGGACCAGUGGGGAAAGUGGAUUAUUUAUAUUAAUUGCUCUUAGUUUAAUAUCAAGAUCUAUUUGUGAUUUAUGGUUAAUUGAUAAUGGUACCAAAAUUGAAAGUGCUAUCAUUGCCAUGGACAAGAAACUCUUCCUUAAGCGUCUGCUUAACUACUUUAUGGCAAUACCUGUUGUGUCAGUUGUCAAUAAUGUCUUAAAAUAUUCCAUUGGUGCGUUAAAAAUCCAGCUGCGCACCAACAUGACGCGCAGGAUAUACGAGGAAUACCUAAAAAACUACACCUACUACCGUAUAUCCAAUUUGGACAAUCGAAUCGCCAACGUUGACCAACUAUUGACAACUGACAUUGACAAAUUCUGCGAAGGCAUCACCGAUCUGUAUUGCAACACUGCCAAACCGUUGCUAGACAUCAGUAUAUACGUUUAUAAGCUGGCAUCUACGAUGGGAGGUAGCACUCCAGGGCUCAUGUUGGGCUAUCUCUUCGUCUCUGGCAUGGUUCUGACGAACCUGCGCAAACCCACGGCCAUCUUGACCGUGGGAGAACAAAAACUGGAAGGGGAGUUCCGGCACAUAAAUUCGAGGUUGAUCACGCACUCGGAAGAAGUUGCUUUCUACAAUGGCAACUUGCGGGAGAAAACCACCUUGAUGGCGAGCUACAACAAGCUGCUCAACCAUCUGAGGAAGUUCCUCAGGUUCAGGGUGCUUAUGGGUAUAGUUGACAACAUUGUGGCCAAGUAUUUCGCUGGCGUCAUCGGAUUCUGGGCUGUCUCGCUGCCCUUCCUUACCGAAGGGCACUCGUUCAGGUCCUUCAAUACGACAGAAAGGUCCAGGGUCUACUACACUUACGGCAGGAUGUUGGUCAAGUUGGCUGAGGCGAUCGGUCGACUGGUAUUGGCCGGCAGAGAUUUGACCCGAUUGGCCGGGUUCACCAGCAGGGUGACAGAACUGCGUACAGUGUUAUCUGAAUUGAACGACGGUAAAUACCAACGUACCAUGGUGACAGGUUCCCAAAACUUGGAACCGAAUGCCGGCAAGCUGGUAUUCCGCAACAACGUCAUCAAGUUCGACAGGGUGCCUCUAGUGACACCCAACGGGGAUGUUCUGGUGCCUGAAGUGUCUUUCGAAAUCAAUUCCGGCAUGAAUGUGCUGGUUUGCGGUCCUAAUGGGGCUGGAAAGUCUUCGCUUUUCCGUAUCCUGGGCGAAUUGUGGCCCCUAUUCGGGGGUGAACUGACGAAACCGCCGCGAGGCAAGCUGUUCUACAUCCCGCAGCGCCCCUACAUGACCUUGGGCUGCCUCAGGGACCAGCUGACGUACCCGCAUUCAGGGGCGGAGGCUAAAAGGAGAGGCGUCAGCGAUGACAAGCUGGAGGGAUACUUGCACAGGGUGCAGUUGGGGUACAUCCUUGAGCGAGAGGGUGGCUUAGACGCCGUGGCCGACUGGCUAGACGUGCUUAGCGGCGGCGAAAAACAGCGCGUCGCCAUGGCUCGCCUCUUCUACCACCAGCCUCAGUUCGCCAUCUUGGACGAGUGCACUAGCGCCGUCUCUGUGGACGUGGAAGGCAGUAUGUACGAAUAUUGCAGAGAAGCCGGCAUCACUUUGCUCACCGUCUCGCACAGGAAAUCGCUGUGGCAACAUCACGAAUACGUUCUGCAUUUGGACGGUAGAGGGGGAUACAGUUUCAAGGCCAUCGAUAACUGUGACGAGCAAUUCGGGUCGUAGAAUAUUAGUUUGUUGCGCUUUUUUCUGUUUCUAACCUAAAAUCCUCGAUUUUCGACAGAAGAUGA